ACGCUGUCUCACACUUAAAACGAUACUUUACAGCAAAGAUGGGUGUUCUACAAGUACUUUAUUUUAGUCUUUCUAUGUUUGUGUAUGGAACAUUUGGUGAUUCAUCUUUGAUUCAAAACGAAGCUUCUGAUAAAAAUGGUUUGCUCCCUAGUACCAUAUCUGGUAAAGCUUCCAAAGUCCUACGUGACAUUCUGAAUCAGGAAAGUCUGGUACGCUUCUCUAUGGUACAAAAAAUACAACGUCUAGUGAUGGAUGCCGUGGACAGCAAAAAUGAUAUACAAGUUAUCAAGGCAAAGCUUAGUGAGAUUUCAAUGGACUUACGGAACUUGGAGACGAAAAACCAAAUAUUGGAAAAAACAGUAAAGGAAAUUAAGGUUCUAAAUGAAUCCCAAUCAGUCUCCGCCAAAAGCCCCCAAAUUGAGGAACUUAAAUACAAAAUAAAUGAAAUGAAUGAAACAUUACAGAAGUGCAGUGUGAACAGUCUUUUAGAACGUUAUAAAUAUACAGAGGACGCUUUGGGAAGAUCUGUAAAUGAUACUCUGCAAGCUGUUUGUAGGGAUCUGAAUGAAUCCAGCUGGAUCUUGUCAAAAGUGCUUCCAAAGGAUUGUUCAGACAUUCUGAAGAAAUACCCGAGUUUAGAAGGAAAGGACGGAGUAUACAAAAUAUCCAUGGCCUAUGAAGUUAAGUCUGUUUACUGUGAUAUGAAAACUGAUGGAGGAGGUUGGACAGUAAUUCAAAGAAGACUUGACAAUUCUACAGAUUUUUACAAGACAUGGUCUGAAUAUAAACAAGGAUUUGGGGAUCUCACUUCAAACUACUGGAUUGGAAAUGACGCAAUCCACGAACUGACAAAGAAGAAGGACCAGGAACUUCGGGUUGAACUACAAAGUUUCGAUCGCGAUGAAGCAUACGCUCAGUACUCCACAUUUUAUAUUGGAGAUAAAUACAAUAAAUACAUACUCACUGUGUCGGGGUAUUCAGGAACUGCAGGUGACAGUAUGGAUUAUCACAAUGGAUAUAAAUUCACAACUAAAGAUAAGGAUAAUGACGGUGAUGGUGGAAAUUGUGCUACACAAUAUCACGGAGCCUGGUGGUACAACGCUUUUCACUACUCAAAUCUAAAUGGGCUGUAUGCUAUGUCUGCAUUGUUUCGUUAUCAAUACCCGGUAUGGAGAAAAUGGAGAGAAAAAGAAGCAUUAAAACAGACUCAGAUGAUGAUCAGACACAAGAACUAGAGAUCAUCAGACUUGACAUUUUAUUACAAAUUUGUCAUAUUUUAUUUUUGUUAAAAAAAGCAGUUUAAUCCAUAUUGUUUACUUGUUUCAGUACAGAUUUAUUUUCAGUAUCCUGUAAUAGACAGUUACCUUGCAUGUAUGUGUGUCCUGACUUAUUCAAUAUUGUUGACUUUGAAAUUAAAUUUUAAACUCUCAUGUAUUCUUCAGACAAAAAUGUUGUUUUUAAUAAAUUUUGCUUUGUUGAAAGAAACCUCAAGAUAAAAUAAAGUAAUGAAUAAAAAAAUAGAUUUUUGUGAGAAAAAUAAUACUUAAUUUCUAGAAAAUAUUAAUAUAUUUGAUACGAUGCAAUCAUUAUUUUAAGUUUAAUCUACGGGAUACAUUGCAUUUGAGAUAAAGAGUACAGAAAAUAUAACAAGAGGCCCCCGGGCCGUAUAGGUCACUUGAGUAUCACGCAACAACUUUCAAACAAUUGACUGUGGUUUGUGUUUUAAAUCUAAGGCCAUGAAAUUCACGAUUUUGAAAGAGGCAUCAUUGCUAGUCAUAACAAGCUAAUUCAGAGAUUUUGUGUCCCCCGUUAAAAGAA